CUGGUUGUAGCUAAUGCUAUGGUUGGACCACGAUCAUGGAUAGGAGGGCUCUUCAAUCGCUUCGUCAAGCGCACUGAGAAGUUUCUUGACUACACUUUGAAUCCUAUUCAGCAACAAAGACUUCGAAGGCUUCAAGAACGACUGCACGUACCCUUUGACGAGACUCAUCCAGACCAUCAGAAAGCGCUCAUAAAAUUGUGGAACAUCGCCUUUCCCAAUGUUGUUCUAACAGGCUUGAUCUCUGAACAGUGGAAAGAGAUGGGGUGGCAAGGUGUUAAUCCAUCAACCGAUUUUCGGGGUUGCGGUUUUAUUUCACUCGAAAAUUUGCUGUACUUUGGCAAAAAUUAUCCGGCAUCUUUUUAUAGGUUAUUAUUUAAGCAAGAUGGAAACAGAGCCACUUGGGAAUACCCAUUCGCUGUUGCUGGUAUCAAUGUAUCUUUUAUGUUGAUUCAGAUGUUGGAUUUAUAUUCAGAAACACCAAAAAAUCUACCAGGAUACAAUUUCAUGAAACUAUUAGGAGAAGAUGAAGAAGCCUUCGAUAUACUAUAUUGUGUAGCUUUCGAAUUGAUGGAUGCUCAGUGGCUUGCUAUGCAUGCUUCCUACAUGGAGUUUAAUGAGGUUUUACAAGUAACACGCACGCAACUGCAGAGAGAACUGUCUUUGGACGAUGUACAUAGAAUACAAGAUUUACCAGCGUACAACCUCUUAUACAAGUAGCUCUGCUGUCAACACUACUAAGCCACCAAAAAAAACCUAACCACCACCUGAGGAUGAAAGCUGACCG